CUUUCUGAUUACUACACACACGCUUCUUUUACCUAUAGAAGAGUGAUCAGCAUCGUACAUUGGUGGGCUUAUAUGGAGCAGAGAUACAGCGGGACUGGGCUUGCUGUCACCCCACCGACCCCAGGCCCGCCCACCCGCACGUGACACAGAUUCGCGGCUUUGUCCGCCAAACCAAGGUGUCUGAAUGCGCUUUACAUUUGGAGAGGCCAGCAGUGAAUACAGUUGCAAGCCAUGGAAUGCCAUUGUUUGCUUUUAUUGGACAACAUCAACAUCAGACACAAACAGGGGCUUUGUGAGUUGGACACGAUUGUGGAGCUUUUAGUCUUUUAGCUAACCAGCUGGUGGCAGGUCAGCACUGUGGACACACACUGUGGGCCCAGACACUUUAUCCUUCAGGGUGUGAAGGCUUUGCUGUCACAAGAGACGCUGUGCCAGUCCUGAAGCAAGGGGGUUCAAGGCACAAGCUGAAAAGGUGAGUGAUAGGUAAUGAUGUUUUUAGUCUGUGGUGCACCACAUGAGAAAUUUUUUUGGAACAGGGAAUUUAAUGAAUAGCUGGUGCUUCAUGCGCUCCUGGUGGAGAAUAACUUCUGUAAUUUUAGGACAUAAUUUAGGACACCUUCCUGAUGCAAGGUUUAAUUCAAUGUUGCUUAAUUCACAUCUAAAUUGUGUUUAGUUUUAACUCUAACUGAAAGUUGUCUUAAUUUACAUCUUCCCUGUAUGACUGGCACAGUAUAUUGUACUGUAAUUUAUAAUAGAAAUAAAUAAGGGAUCCAUCACUGCUUUAUUUUAAUAAGGGUUAGUUAAUGAUAUCUACGUUUAGUGCAUGUGAGUUUGCAUGUUUUUAUUUUCUAUGUACACGAGUGGCAUAGUAGUAUUUUCCCAACUGAUGUGUGAUGGUAACUCAGCACUUUCUAUUGUGCAUUAUUUAAUUGUAGCUGUGAAAAGUGAUAUUCACAACUUGCUAUGAAGUCAUAACCAGGAAGGCUCUUGUUUUCUGGCAGGCGUGUGUGUGUGUGCGCAGUGAUCGGUCAGGAGAAGUGGUGUUUGUCUGGCACAUUUUCUCAGCUGAGUGAGACACUGUUAUUCUGGUGUAUUUUUGUGUGCACACUCUGGUAUGUGUGUGUCUGGUUUGGUAUGCACUGAGUGGUUAGUCAUGCAAGUUGAGUGAGGAGCAGGUCGAACAAAGUUUGAACCACUAGGAGUCUCUGUACUCCAACACACAACCAAGACAUGGUUUUAUUGAGUGUCCAAUGUUUUCACUUAUCCAGGUGAGGCCACCCAUUGUUUCAAAGUCUAUAACAAGAUGUAAUAACUAAUUGUUAAUUUCAGUUUGAAAUAGUGUGUCACAUCUGACAGAAAGUCAGCCAUUAGACCAUGUGAUGUUGCUUUUUGUUUUUGUGUGCUGGAAGUGUUGAAACCAUUUACGUGCCAAGGAUAAUUUAUGAAUGCUAAUGCAGGAAUGCAUUAUUAAAUUAAAGAUUAAGCUGCUCUUACACCUCGCUGACCUUACUAAAUGAGAAAGUUUGUAGAGUUCACGCUUGAGGCCACAGAGCACUCUGAAAGAACAGAGAAAACAGUCUGACUGUAAAGGGAAUUUUCUUACAGUACUUCUUAAAGGAAGAAAGCAGCUUCUCCAUAUAUGAAAUAGAGUUUCAUACAUGUUGCCUUGGUUGGGACAAACGAGACCAAUAGGGCUGUAACUUUUUGGGUUUUUGUAAAAUUUUAGCUUCAUUAGCCACCCAUAAAACCAUUAUAAAGCAGUCAGAAUGAGGAUCUGCUUUUUUGGGAAGGCUGAAUAACUAUCAAAAAAAUCUAGCCACAUUUGUUCAGAUUUUUUCAUUGAAAUUAGCAGUAUGCCUCAUGCAGUCAACCACUAAAACAAACCAAGCAACACAAAAAAAUAUUAUUAAUAUUUUAGAAAAUCAAAGUUGUUGAUACAGUGGCCAAGCAGAGGUUUUAUUUUGAGGUAUGUAAGGAUGUUUAAGAUAUGUAUUAUACAGUAACUUCAAGUAAAAGAACAUUAAAUCAUCCCUGUCUUGCCUCUACCCAAGUGCGUCUCUUGUUUUGUUCCUGUAUCCUUUGUAACCCCACUGCAGGUAUUUCCUUCUUGAGUCACAAAAACUUCACAAGAUCAAUACAUAGUUUUUUAUAAAGCAACUGUAAAUAAUGCAUGCAAAAAGCCUUUGGCUGGAUGAAGUGGGCAGGAUGCAAAUGCAUUUGGAAACGUUGUACUUGGCAUGUUUUAAAGAGGAGUUUGAGUCAGUUGCUGUCAGUGUGUCUGCAAGGCAGAAAGGCUGACUGAUGUGACAGUAACAGAUUUUGUCUUGAUAAUGGCUGUUAUAACACAGUAGUCCUGCUGCUGAGAUUCUCCUGAACAGUCCGGCAUCGUACUUCCUGUCUUUUCUGUCUUUACUUGAAUAUCAGCAUUGCUCUUGCACCUUCUCAGUUGCUGGGUUAUCGAUCAUCUUCUGUGGUUUGAGACAUUAGCUUCCAGUGAUGGAGGUCAGCAUAAUCUGAUCUUACUCUUUACUUUGUACAGGAGCCUCAGAAAAGCAUGGAUCCAACAUAUUGAGUAAAUGAUACUCAAAAACAGACGAGUUCCCAGUUUCUUGUUCCAGACGACUUUCACACAAGGAAAGGACAAGUCAGUUAGUCCCAAAUACAGACACUUCCUACAUUAGUUCAAAUAUAUAUUGGUUAUUUGCGUUUGUGCUAGUUUCUUCAUCUAGAUUAUUUAUUUUUCCUUCAUUAGCCUUACAUGGUUUCAUAUGCAGCAUCAUUGUUUUCUAUCUAAUCUUAUUCUAGAUUUGUCAGUGAUAUCUGAUUUCUCAGCGCAAUCUUCUCUUUUGAUUUCUGUGGUUAACACACCAGUCCGGUUCCAGCCUCACACAACAUAUUAUCCGUACAAGCAAACGGCUAUGAUGAUGAUGACAAUGAUGUGAGUGUGUUGUUCGGUGAAAUUGGGUCAUGGACUUCACUAGGGUAGUUAAGUCUGCAAGACGCAAUGACUCAUGACGUAGCUGCCAUCCCUUCCCCAUAUUCAUGGGUGCAUUUGUGUGUGUGCAGCCACCGUGUCACUAAUGUGGCUCCUCACAAAGGCGCUGCGAUGCUUUGGUCGAGAACUGCAGCUGCCUGCCUGCAGUUUGUAGCGCAGACAGGGAAAUGAGGGGAGGAGGAGAGAUGGAGAAAGGAAAGGAGAGCAGAGCAAGGGGAAGGGAAGCUGAUAAAGCAGGGAGAGCAGGAAAGGAGGUGAAGGACCACCCUUAUCGAGCAUAGUCGUUCUCAGGGAGCCUACCAAAGGGACCUUCCCACACACACACCAUGGCCAGCCAGCCAAUCAGAGUGCUCUCAUCCUUGACCCAUCCUCCCUCGUACAACUGCUCAUGCAUGGCUCAGCGAAGCAGAUGUGAGGUGAUACGAUAGGAAGCGAGGCUGCCAACCUCUUGGAUAGAAAACUGAACUGAACACUGUGUUUUUAAAAUGCAGGAAGGAAAGAUGGUGGUUUGACAAUAGCUGUGAGAAAUUGUGGGCGAGGAGGAGAAGAAUGGUUUAGAUAUAUUUGUAUGAGUAUAGUGGCAUCUAGUCCGUCUGGACAUCCUGUGGCUUCUGAACAGGCAUCAUAGAUUAACAACUGUUGUCUGCAUCACCUCUCUAUGCAACUUUCAGUAUCUGAGCUGGUGACAUGUUUUUUUCCCUCUUACUGAUUUUUGGACUUGCUGUGUGAGAGAGGAGGACAAGGGGGAUUUUAUGAGGCUUGGCGAUGAUGACAAACCAUGCUGGACAAGUGACAAUCUGACAACGAAAACAGCGGGACAGUGAUUGAAGAGAGGCCAUGAGAGCCAGGAGAGAGGCCAGGAUGGUGUCUGCCUGUUCACCAUGCACAAACAUAAGGCCAAGCAAAAGAAGUGGAAGAAACUGAUAUGGAAACCUCAAAGCACUGCCAGUAACUCAAACAAGAGCACACCUGCCUGCUCACCAGUCCUUCGUAAACGCUCACGCUCUCCCACACCACAGACCCAGGAGGGUGAGAACAUGGUGGAGAAGGGUUCAGACCACUCCUCUGACAAGUCCCCCUCCACGCCUGAGCAGGUCGUCCAGAGAACAUACUCCCUGCAGUCAGCACGAAGCGGGGGAAAGAACUCAAAGUAUGACAGACUAAACCUGAUUAAAAAAAGCCAAAGCUGGUACAAUCAUGAAAGACAACACAUCCUGAGAGUGCUGAGCCCGACAUACAAGCAGCGCAAUGAGGACUUUAGGAAACUCUUCAAGCAGCUCCCUGACACAGAGAGACUCAUUGUGGACUACUCCUGUGCUCUUCAGCGGGACAUCCUCCUGCAGGGACGACUCUACCUCUCUGAGAACUGGAUUUGUUUCUAUAGCAACAUCUUCCGCUGGGAAACUCUGCUGACAGUGCGGCUAAAGGACAUCUGUUCAAUGACAAAAGAGAAGACUGCACGCCUCAUUCCCAAUGCCAUCCAGGUCUGCACAGACACUGAGAAGCACUUUUUCACCUCAUUCGGGGCCAGAGACAGGACGUACAUGAUGAUGUUCAGACUGUGGCAGAAUGCACUGUUGGACAAGCCCCUGUGCCCCAAGGAACUGUGGCACUUUGUUCAUCAGUGCUAUGGCAACGAGCUCGGCCUAACCAGUGAUGAUGAGGACUAUGUCCCCCCAGAUGACGACUUCAACACCAUGGGGUUCAGCGAAGAGAUUCCCAAUGAAGAGAAUGAGAUCAACAACGACAACUUGUCUAAGAGCAGCACGGAGGCCAAGCCUGAAGGGAGCCCUCCUCCAAUACACAAGAAGGCCAUCCCUAACAGCACCAUCCCCAGCCCAGGCAACCACGACACACCCAUCACAUUUGACCUCCCAGCAGAGGAGUAUGCAGACUGUCUACCGGAUGGCGAGCUGCUGGCUGUGCCACUGGUGGUGGAAGAGAAGAACAAUGAUACCAGCGGGCCUGGCGGUCCUGUGCCCUCACCCUCACUUGACUUCAACGACAAUGAGGACAUUCCCACUGAGCUCAGUGACUCCUCAGAAACACAUGACGAGGGUGAGGUGCAGGCUUUCCACGAGGAUCUGAAUGGCAGACAGCACAUCAACGAGGUCUACAAGUUCAGUGUCGACAAGCUCUAUGACAUCCUCUUCACUGAGUCGCAGUUCAUGAGUGACUUCAUGGAGCAAAGGCGAUUUUCAGAUGUGGUCUACCAUCCAUGGAAGAAGGAAGAGGCAGGGAACCAGACCAGAGAGAUCAUGUACACCAUCUCUCUGUCCAACCCCCUGGCCCCCAAAACAGCCACAGUCACUGAGACACAGACUCUGUACAAAGCCAGUCAGGAGAGUGAGUGUUAUAUCAUCGAUGCUGAGGUCAUCACACAUGACGUGCCCUACCACGAUUACUUCUACACUCUCAACCGCUACAUGCUCACCAGGGUGGCCAAGAACAAGUGUCGGUUACGGGUAUCAACAGAGCUGCGCUACAGAAAGCAGCCGUGGGGGUUGGUGAAAGGCUUCAUAGAGAAAAACUUCUGGAGUGGGCUAGAAGAAAACUUCCGCCAUCUUGAGUUGGAGUUAUCAAAGCUGGAGGAGAUACUGACUGAGACCCACCGGCUGUCUCCAAAGGCCAAGGUGGUGAAGAACUCCACGGUGAGGCGGAAGAAGAGGCCACUCCCCCACAUGCGCAGCCAGCAUCUGGAUGAGGCGCUCAGCCCUGUUACCACGCCGACGGACGAAGAAGUGAUCCAGAGGAUCAAACAAGUGGCGGGGUCCACACAGACCAGACACCAGAGUCCAGAACACCAUCACCUGCCCGGAGGCCUCGCUCUGUACAGUGUUUCCAAACUGCUGCUUAUCAUCAGCUUUGUCCUCGUCCUGCUGGUCUUCCUCAACAUGAUGCUCUUCUACAAGCUGUGGAUGCUGGAGUAUUCUGCACAGUCCUUAACAACCUGGCAAGGUCUACGGCUUCAUGAAAGUAAACUGCCUCAGACGCAGAUGGAGUGGGCCCAGCUCCUGGAGGCGCAGCAGCGUUACCAUGACGCCGAGCUGCAGAAGUGGAGGGAGAUUAUCAAGUCGUCGGUGGUGCUGCUAGACCAGAUGAAAGACUCUUUAUUGAACCUCCAGCGAGGCAUUGGUUUAAGCGACUACAGCUCUGAGGCUGAGGAGAAGAGAAGUCGCUAUCACUGACACAUCACCACAAGGCCAUGAGGGCGUGCUGUGCAAUAUAGGACCUGUUUUGUUUGUGAACCAGUAUGCAGGCAGCAGCAAGACAGAGAGAGAGGACAGAGGGGGAAAUGGGACCAACAGUGAGCUGGUCCAACAGAGACAAAGAGGAAUAGAGGGUAAACCCCCCGGAGGAGGAAGUCAUGGACAGAAAGUGCCCCUAUCACACACAGGAACUGAGGUGUCCCCAACAUCACUGAGGCAUUGCGGGAAGGUGUGAGACUUGCACCUUCUCUUCACUUGUGGGAUAACCAUUUCCUUCUACUCUCUUUAUUUCCAAGUGCAUCCUACUGUAAGCCAUGUGGAGCAGGAGAGUGGCAGAGAGAAAGAAGGAAAACUACUGCAUGCAUUUAGACAACCUAGCUCCCCUCAGUCAGUGUUAAUGUGGUCCAGUUCCAGUCUAUGUGUGUCAAAAAAAAAGAGGAACAGAAGAAGAUGAGAGAUCGAGUCAAAGGAAAGAGGGGUCCUUUCGAGUCUUAAUGGCUUUCUACACUCUCUUGACUGUUCCAAACCAAUCGUCCCCUAGAGGUCCUCGCUGCAGCGUCCCUUUAGCAAACCUCCAGGUAAUCAGACUGCAGUAUUGUCCCACAAUCAAAAAGGAAAAGAGGUUUUGUAGCUGGAAGCUCCAUGCCUGGUUUAACCCUGGCAUGUAUGGUCUCAGUCAGGGCUGGUUCCCUGUCAGACCAAUGUGUUGAAAUAUUUAGAAGUAGAAUGUAAAGAUUAAGGAGAACUAAACCAGUAUUUUCAACAUUAUACACAACUCAUACGAUCAUUUGCCCCUGCCACAGUUUUAACUACCUUACACCUCAUCCUUUUAAUGAUUUCAAAUGUGACUUUGAUCACAAUUAUUCUUCUUAAAAAAGGGAUGCUGCAGCUAGACCAGUAGGGAGAUCUGUGUUCUUACUUGUUUUAUUACUAAACUGUGACUAUAUCUCUUUAAAAAUGUUUCAAAUUAGAAAGAAUUCUAUGAAUAUAUUUGAAAUAUAUAAGAAUAUUUCAUUAUUUAAUAUAUAUAUUUCAAAAUAUAUAAACAUUACCUAUAUUUAUUGUUAAUUUAUGUACAUAAAGAAAUUAUCAGAGCUCUAGACCAGUUAAAGAAUUUCUAACAAAAGUGUUUUCUUCUAAAAAUGCAUGCCAGAUAUGUCUGUGACAUGUCCAGUGUGCAAGUAUGAUUCAGCAUUCGCGCGAUUAUAUUCGCGCAUGUGUGUGACUGCGUGAGUCUGCGUGAGCGUGUGUGGGUGAGAGCGCAUGUGUGCGUGCAUGCGUGUGUGCGCAAGUGUGUGCUGUAAGUGUGACAUUUUUACCAUACCACACUUGUAUGUUUCUUAAUUUUUUCUUUUCUGGCUCCUGCAGCCAGACUGCCUUUUUUAAUGCUAAUGCAUUUGGAUGCUGCCUUGCAUUAGCCCCACCAGGGUACAGUUUACAACUGAAGAGUUUUGUUCCAAAAUGAAGUAUCCAGCAUUUCAAAAAACAAUUUACACCUACAUGUACAAAGCAAUUGAACUAUCAAUUAAAGUCGCUUUUUGUCGCAUAAUAAGCAGCUUAAAUCCAUGGUUGACAAAAGUAGGAAGACAGACUUGAAAAUCAAAAUUUUUAAGAUUGAAUUAACACGAAUUUGAUAGUUUGUCUCUUGUUAAUGGAUAUAUAACAUUUUGGAGAUGGACCCUUCAUCUGCCCUCUCUUUGUGGACUCUUUGUCCAUGUCACCACAUCAGGGGCUUGACCACUCUUUGCUAAAAGGAAUAGUUUGACAUGAGAGAUGUGCUCAUUUACUUUCUUGUCUAAAGUUCAAUGAAAAGAUGGGUACCACUCUCAUGUCUAUACACUUAAUAUGAAGCUGCAGGCAGCAGCCAGUUAGCUUAGCUGAGGGACCUGUUUCCUCUUGUUUCCAGUAAGCUAACCAUCUUCUGCCUCUACUGCCUGUCAAUUGAUUAGCUUAGCUUAUCUUAGCUUAGCUUAGCUUAGCAUAAAGACUAGAAACUGGGGGAAACUUCUUGCAUGCAAGAGUUAAUGGGCUAGCUGUUUCCCCCUGUUUCUUUGUGCUAAACCAAGCUAACUGACUCCUGGCUCUAGCUUUGUAUUUAGCAUGCAGAUAUAAGAGUGGUAUUAAAACUCUCAUCAAGAAAGCGAAUAAGUAUAUUUCCAAAAAUGUCAAACUAUUUUUUUUAAACACCUUAUUGAACCCAAAUUAUACUCUCCCCUCCCCAUUUAAAGUGUCUGUCUUGGAUGCAAUGAAAGCAUGAGAAUUAUCUUUACGCAACUAAAUUGAACCAAAAGAAAGAAGUAGAAAUGUACCUUCACAAAUUAUCACAUUGUUUUAAAUGAAGUAUUUAUCAUGUAUGUCAUGUAUUAUAUAUAAGAUUAGGUGCAGUAAAGAGCAUCUCUUAAGAGUUUGUCAACAGAAAUAAAGCGCUGACAGACUUCAGCGAUGAAAGCACUUCCAAACUAAGAAAAACUUCCCUGUGUUUAACAAAAAAAAGAAGAGAAAGUAGUGAAGCACUUUAAGGCCUUUUCAGGUAUUAAAUAAAAUAAAAAAAGGAUUUAGUUUGGAAGUGAAUGCAGAGCUGAGGAAACAGUUUCACUGGUGUGUAUCAGUUAAUUUAACAACCACACUGGUGAUUCACAACUUCCAAACUCAUGAGAAAUAGCUGGAUUUUAAUCCUGCUGGUUUGUUACUGCUCAGAAAUAGUUACUUUUGCCUAAACAGAAUAUUAUUGAGGUGAUUACAUGUGAAUCCUCCAAAACCACAUCCCAAACAAAGCGACUCCAAGCUGGAAGUCUGACACGCUUUUCUUGUAUAUUUCAGGGAAAUGCAAGAACGAGUGAUUUGUAUGAGGGAAAAAGUAUCUUUACUUCGUGCCUGUGUGGCGUGUUACUGACUGACUUACUGAAAACAUCAGAAAAGCUUCAGGAUUGGGCCCUUGCUGUUUGUGUAUUACAUCUGAAGAAGGCACUAAGUAAUGAUAAUACAUGGAAAACCUUAAGACCUGAAUGUGAGCGGUUGGAAAUGUUUUCUGUUUUAUAGAAAUCACUUUCACAAUCCUGAUGACACUGAAAGAUUAUAGUGAAGUUAUGCUUCAUGUAUAUGAUGGUACAGAAAUGUCAAAUAUAUAUGAAAAUGUGAUGGAAAUGCUUUAAAGAGUUUUUGUUUUUUUAAGUGUAUGAUGAAAUGGAUUUCUUUUCUUUUUCAGAUGCUUGAAUUACUCAACAUUCUCAACUGUUUUGACAGAGACGUUGUAAAUGCUUGAUUAAGUUGGAUUUUACUUCCCAGGUUUGGUUUGAUACCUUUGAUACCUGAUUUUAAUCUUGGAGCAAGUGUAUUUUAUUUGACUGUCAAGGCUGAGUGAAACGGUUCAUAGUGACAGAGAUUUUAAUACUGAACUGCUGUAAAACGCACAUCCUCCUCAGACCACAUUAAAUAUGCACCCUGGCCUCCAAUAAACUCUCACAGUAGACCUGAAUUGAAUUUCA